AUGUCGAUCUUCCCCUACGUCUACCACAUGGUCAAGGAUUUCAACAUCACCAAUGACGAAAGCAAAAUCUCCAUGUACGCCGGUUGGGUGACGUCCUCUUUCACCUUGGCCGAGUUUCUGGCGGGCUUCUUGUGGGGACGACUGAGCGACAAAAUCGGCCGGAAGCCGGUUCUUCUGACGGGAAUGGGCGGCACGGGUCUCAGCGUCAUCCUGUUCGGUUUUGCGCCGAGCCUUCCAGUCGCCUUGCUUGCCCGUGCUUUGGGUGGAAUUCUGAACGGUAACAUGGGCGUCUUGCAAACCACUGUUGGAGAGUUGGUUACUGUGAAGGAACAUCAGCCACGGGCAUACACGGUUAUGCCUAUUGUGUGGUGCAUAGGAUCGAUUGUUGGCCCCAUGAUUGGUGGUACGCUUGCAAAGCCAGUGGAUUGGAUCCCAACCGUCUUCCAGCCCGGGAGCAUCUGGGACCGCUUCCCAUAUUUGCUGCCUAACCUUUUCAGCGGCAUGUGUGUGUUUUUCGGGCUUGCCGUCGGCUUUCUGUUCCUCGAGGAGACUCACGCCGAAAAGAAGUAUCGACGAGACCGCGGUGUUGAGCUCGGCAGAUAUUUGACCUCUCGGCUUUUCGGAAAGAACAAUUGUUUCCGGCGACGACUCCGAAGGGGAAAGAACGGGGAGGAUCAGCCUUUGCUUGGCGAAACGGACGAGUCGCUGCCCGGAUACCGGACUGCAGAUGGAUCGCCAGAGCUUACUUCGGUCGAGGGCCCGAUUAUGCAGGAGCCGCUCGAUCUUGAGUCGACGGGGGAGAUGGUGGAGGCCCAGUCCGAAAAGCCCGAAAGAACUUUUACCAAACCGAUCAUCUUCAUUAUCAUCAACUACGGCCUUCUUGCUUUCCACACCAUGACUCUGGAUUCUCUUCUCCCGGUCUUCCUCAGCACCGAGCCCACUGGCACCCAAGAUAGCUGGUCGCUACCAUUCAAGUUCGCAGACGGCUUUGGAUAUGACACCCGAACCGUCGGCAUUAUCUUGUCCAUCCAGGGUCUCUACUCGAUGAUCUCCACCUCGUUCUUCUUCCCCAGAAUCACCGGUCGUCUCGGCGCGCUUCGUCUGUUCCAGAUCAUCUCAAUGUCGUACCCGUUGCUCUACUUCGCUACGCCCUACUUCGUUCUGCUACCCUCCAGCCUCCGCAUGGCCGGCGUCUACAUCCUGAUCAUUUGGAAGUGCACACUCGCCACCAUGGCCUACCCCAGCAACGCGAUCCUCCUGACCAACUCGGCACCCUCGACCUUGAUGCUCGGAACGAUCAACGGCGUAGCGGCCUCGAUAGCCAGUCUGUGCCGCGCCAUGGGACCGAUUGUGUCGGGAUACCUUUACACAAUCGGACUAAGGGCGGGAUACUGCGGCAUGGUUUGGUGGUUCACGGCCUUUGUGACGAUCGGGGCGUCGUUUCUCAGCUUCGGCAUUACCGAACCCAGGGGGAGGUUUGAUGGGAAAGAGGAGAUCGAGGAGCCUGUGCCUGCUGCUGGACAUUCGGCAACAACGAGAGAUGCAGUCGAACCGGUGGCGGCUGAGCCCACCAUAACCAUCAACUUGGCCACAAGAACAACCCAAAGAGACUGA